AUGGGAGAAAGAAACCAAAGCUUUGUGGGUGAAAUUGUCUUCCUGGGACUUUCACAGGACGUACAGACCCAGAUUGCGCUGUUUAUUGUCUUCCUCAUCAUUUAUCUGCUGACAGUCCUUGGAAACCUGCUUAUUAUCCUUCUCAUCUUCAAGGAAUCUCAACUCCAUACCCACAUGUACUUCUUUCUAAGAAACCUUUCCUUUGCGGAUCUCUGCUUCUCUACCAGCAUUGUCCCUCAAGUGUUGGCCCAUUUCCUGGUAAAAAUGAAAACUAUUUCCUUUUGGGGGUGUAAGACACAGGUAAUUGUCUUCCUUCUGGUUGGAUGUACCGAAUGUGCACUGUUGGCAGUGAUGUCGUAUGACCGGUAUGUGGCUGUUUGCAAGUCCCUGCACUAGUCCACCGUCAUGACCCAACAGGUGUGUUUGCAGUUGGCCUUAGGGUCCUGGGCUAGUGGGGCCCUAGUGUCUCUAGUAGACAGUGCAUUUACUUUCCGCCUUCUUUAUCAGGGACAGAACAUAAUCAAUCACUACUUCUGUGAGCCUCCUGCCCUUCUAAAGCUGGCUUCUGCAGACACCUACAGCACAGAAAUGGCCAUCUUUGCAAUGGGUGUGGUGAUCCUCCUAGCUCCUGUCUCCCUCACCCUAGUCUCCUACUGGAGCAUCAUCUCCACUGUGAUCCGGAUGCAGUCUGGGGAGGGGAGGCUCAAGGCUUUUUCCACAUGUGGCUCCCAUCUCAUUGUUGCUGUUCUCUUCUAUGGAUCUGGAAUAUUUACCUACAUGCGGCCGAAUUCCAAGACCAUAAAUGAGCGUGAUGAGUCUGUGUUCUACACAGUGGUGACACCAAUGUUAAACCCCAUAAUCUAUAGUCUGAGGAACAAGAUGCGCUUUCAAGAAACUUGCUGGAAGAAAGCUUUGUACUUAGAGAUGCUGAGGAUCUAG